UGAGCCCUGACAAAAGAGAAGCUUUCAUACACAUUAAAAACACUUAAACACAGAUACGUCUACAAUUUCUUUUUCCAAGCGUUUUUUCUGUUCGUGCAAUGGAGACGUUCAAGGACCUUCUGCAGCUCUAUCCUCAAGUGCUGUACAGCGCCACAGCGUUCGUGGCCGGCGGCGUGCUCAUCUACAAGCUUGCUAACAGGAAAAAGCCCCAGAAUGCUACAGUGAACUGUUGGUUUUGCAAUCAGGACACAGUCGUUCCAUAUGGCAACAGGAACUGUUGGGACUGCCCCAGCUGUGACCAGUACAAUGGAUUUCAGGAUAACGGGGACUACAACAAGCCCAUUCCGGCCCAGUACACAGAGGAUCUGAACCAUGGAGUGUCUGGCAGUAUUCCUACUCAGGUGACUCUUGGCACCAUGCAGUGGGUAAACUCCAAGAUGCUCCUGUGCAGGAAGUGCAACCACAACCAGUCAACUAAAAUCAGGCUGCUGGCCUCUUUCAUACCAAAGGAUGAUGUAUGUAUUAAAAUGCUGGCUUUGCUGUUGUCAAGCCUGAAGACACUAAUCCUUUGUUUUUAA